GAUUCAAAAGUAAUGCGCACGAACGGCGUUUUUAACGCUUAAACCUGUAAUUUAGCUCCAGUAGCAGGCAUCUGCUCUUCCAGGUAGUAAAACUGCUUCUACAAAGGUCUUAGAAGUGGAGAUAUUAACUUCUAAGGUAUGGCUUUCUUUACUUUUUUUUUGAAGGAUUGAAGCCAAGACAACAACUGCGAAUCUUCACUGACAGACUUUUCUGAACUGUAAUGCUAGAGAGAACCUUAACAGCUGGUUAUCAAUGCAUUUAGCAAGGCCAAAGUCCUCCAAAGGGCGAAGCAGACCUGCUGUAAACAACUCUCUGCAUGCAGGUGACACAGCCAGCAUCCGGGGGCCACCUGUGUCUCCAAAUUCUCCUGUGUACAGCAGGCCGGACAGAAACCUCCACUUCCAGUCAGAGCCCAUAAUGUGGCAAGCCAGCCAGCUGAGCCAGGAUGAAGUCCUGCAGAUGCUGCAACACGCCCCUGCUGCUCCACCACAGUCCUUAAACAAGUACAAGGUCCUUCCAUCCAUAGAGAGGAGGCGGUCAGAGGUGAGUCUUGGGAGAAACCUGGACAAACAGAUGUCCAUGCUGAGCCUGUCUGAUGAUGCUAUCCCACAACAAAGGCGCAGGACCCCUGAACCAGGACCAAUAAUGACCAAAGAAGCUGGUGCCACUGGCAGCUUGCUCCUAGCUAUCCGAGCCCCAUGUGGUAGGAGGUUUCAGCAGCACUUUAACCCCACAGACACCCUGCUGACGGUGAAAGCCAGUGCAGAGGUCAGGUAUGGAGUCAAAUAUGGAGACACUUCCAUUGAGACCGUGGAUCUACCACGCAGGACCUUCACAGAUAUGAAUAUGACCUUAGCCCAGUGUGGCAUCUUGAACAGAUGGUUGCUGUGCAUCUCCCAGAACGACAGCAUGGUGGAGCACGAGUGAGCUUUAUGUUUUGCAGUUGAAAUUUGUCUUAAUGUUGGUAUAUAGAGUCCCCCACCACUCCAAAAUGUGUUUUGCUUAUUGUUUCUUCCCUUGGAUGUUUGAGCCUCACUGCAGUACACAGUGAUGUUGUGAGUUUGAUGCUAGAAGGCUGUUUUCACAUCCAUCUGCUGAGGGGGGAAAGUGUGAAACCUCCAGCACACAUACACUGAGGAUGCACUUGUUAGUGAAGUAUAAGGUAAACUGUCCGGCGUUUUCAAAUGGAAAAAGAUUCAGGACUUUUCAAUGAGUGAGAUGAAAGGGAGGGAGGGAUGUUAUGGAGCCCCAGAAGUUUUAUUCUUUUGGAUAUUGUUUCCACAAGAUUUGAUAAAAAUAUCUUUUAGGACUUUAGAUGUGCUUUAAGAGUUUUAAAUUUAAUUUUGUGAUAAAACAUCAGACUCAAAAAAUUAUUUUUAUGUCUUAAAACAUUUUUAAGUUCACAAGCUUUUUUGUGUGCAACUAUUGACCAGCAAAUUUUGAACAAUUAAGUCAAUUCAUCUAAUGGCUUGUAAACACAUUUUAAAUGACUUGUUUGUUUAUUCAGGGGGACUGCACAAUACUUAAAAUACUUGAACACAAAUACAUAAAAUGUAUACUUAGUCUUGUGACUGAAAUUUAAUUUUACAGACUUGUAUGUGUUGAGUCACUUGUCUAAAUGACACAUGCUGCUCAAAAAGGAGAAAAAGGGGAUCCUAUGUGUACACCAAACAGGAAAGCAGUAGGCCUCUUCGACACAAGACAUUUUGAAGUGCAACAGUAGGAAAGGCACAGGUGUAAAUACCAAAUGAAUCACAGCCAUCGCUGUCAUUAUUAGUAACGCCUUCCAUUGUUCAAAAUGACUGCUGUGAAAAAGGUCCAUUUCAAACCUUCACUCUGUUCUGACUGAAGUACUGCUUUUAUAUCACUUCCUAUAGAAUGGAGCCACAAAAUGAUUUCUGGAUGGAUAAGAGCAAUGCGUUUAUGAAGCGUGACAUAUGACUAAUCAAGACACACAUGCUACUUUUCACUUACAAAAUGUAUUUAAAUGAUUAACACACUAAAGUGCAGAGAAUUAAGUGGUUAGAGGGUUUUGAACAUAUUGUAUAUUCACU